AGCUCCAAACUGCACCUACAGCGGUUAAAUUAAUGCCUAAUUCAGGACUCACCCCACGGCACGACACACUCCCACCCGCACCCCCUGCAUCACGCGGGAGGGGAAACACAGGAAUCCAUGCCCGCUCUUCUUCCAAGCUGGGGACACCAGUGGUGGUGACCCCCCACAGCCGUCCAUACACCCCGGGGCAUGUCCGCGACCUGACAGACCCAGGGGCCCGCGAUCCUGGAGAAGGGAUCAAUGGAAUACAGGCACAGGUGCCCGCACAGGCUUUGGGCCGAAGAUGCAGAGAACGUGGACCCCACAGACCCUCCAGCUGGCAGCAGGACAGUGCACAUAUCCCCUGCAGACGAGUCACCUGGAGAGACGAAGAGGGAACAGAGGUGCCAUACAAGCCGUGGCGAGGACUAAACAUGGACACAAAGGGACUACCAAUCCAGGGAGUCGGCUGA